UUGUCAAAUUAAGACCGAUGUAUUUUGCUGCAGUGAAACGACCUCCAAUGGCAGUCGGUUCGGUGAUGCACAUGUCUUCGAGCUGAAUAACUUUCACUCCGGGGCACAUAGAGGGGACUCACAUGCAGAAUGUCUCGCCACAGAAAUGUUCGAGGUUACAACUACGAUGAAGACUUUGAAGAUGACGACAUGUAUGGACAGUCUGUGGAGGAUGACUACUGCAUUUCACCAGCAACAGCCAAUCAGUUCAUUUAUUCACGCCGAGAGCUUCAAGCACCUAAAGAGGAGCCUCUGGAGGAGGAAGAAUAUGAAGAUGAGGAUGUUCCCAUGUCCCCUUGUGUUGACUUCAACCUUGACCCUCUUAAUCAAGCGAAGCUGUUCUCCUGUCUGGACCACAUGCGAGCAGUACUAGGAGAUGCAGUGCCAGACUCCGUCCUGACCCAGGCUGCCAUGAAACACGGAUUUGAUCCACAGAGGGCUCUGGAUGCAGUGCUGUCUGAAGACAGUAAAACAGCACCGGUUACCAGAAGCGCAGCAGAAGACAUGCCGUCAGUGGGCCGAGUUGCACAAGAGCAGACGCCUCUUCCACAGAGAACCAAGCAGGAGGCCAUUGCUGAGAAAGGAGCCUGCUUGUUUCACACAGACAACACACCCAAGGCACACAAAGCUACACAACCAAGUGAAGUCAAUAUGCAGAACAUCUUAUUGCAACAUAAACCUGACCCAGUGAACAGCAGCUCUGUCAAGGAAAACAUUCACCCUGAAAGUGCUCAUUUAGGCAUCAGUUGUGGUACCAGUUUGGCUCAGCUCAUGUCUGAGCAUGAGCAGAAGAGUAAAACAGGAGUAAGUGAUACAGGGCAAGGGGUGGCUGUUUCCUCCUUGAGCACUUUAACAUUAGCAUCUAAUUCCCAACUGACAACUGCGCCUAACAGGAGUGCUUUUUCACUUGGAACGCUGGCAUCUUUACAAAUGACUUCAACACCACAAACACCGAUUCCCUCCAUCCUUUCUGUCUCACUCAGUAAUCUGUCACUCAACAGUCCAAACAUGUCUACAGCAAGCUCCACUCUGGCCCUUCCUCCUGGGUUCGGAAGCCUCAGUUCUGUCAGGAAAUGUAGUGAGCUCUCAGUUGUAGAUCCGAAAGGAGGCCCAUCUUUGGCCGAUUUAAUCCAAGAACACUCGAACCGCAGUCCCACUUUGCAAAGCUCACUGCUCACCCCCGCUAACCAGGGGAAUGCUGCACCCUCUUUGUCUGACCUAGCUUUUCAGCAUCAGAAAAGAGGGAUUCACUCUGAGUCUCAAAGCACUGAAAGAUCACCAAACACACACUCUUCCCCAUUUUGUCUGGGUGGUACUGUCUCACUGUCAGAUCUAGCCCAGCAGCAUGAAACCAGCUGUGCCUCUGCCCCUUUUCUGGCCGCCGGCACUGAAUCUCGAGCAAAUGCACUGAAACAAGCACCUGGCCUCUCGGAGCUGCUUUCUUUGUCACAUUUAGUAUCUGAACAUAAAGGCGAAACCUCAACCACCUCAAAUGGGUCGCUAGGCACCCUCAGCUCCCUUGUGUCACCAGCAAAACCAGAGAGGGCUGAUGUGUUGGCACAAAGUACUAAAGAGGGUGGAACUGAGCGCAAGCCUGACCACAAACCACCCCAGCAGGUCUGCAGCCCAUCUAAGCCAGGACAAGCUAUCGAUUUGAGCAGACUCAUGGAGCAGGCCAACAGAAUGAGCCCUCAUCACCUCGAUGGCGACUUCUCCUCACCAUCGGCUCCAACUCCAUGUUUUGGCUUGGGGCAAGACAUGUCUGUUUUUGCAAAACCUUCAAUAUUUGCGAUCACUUUGUCGUUUCAGAGUCACAGGCAAAAGAGGAGAAGGAGAAAGCUAUUGAAAGGAAAAAUACAAGGCCAGAAGACAAAAAGUGGUUAUCAGUCCUUCCUUCUCAAACCACAAAACAAAUCCAAAGAGCAUUGCCCCCCACUUUUUCCUAUUGUACCAUUCCGUUUUGAUUCUCCUUCACCUGACGAUAUCGUUCGAGCUAAUCAAAGCAAAGCUUUCACACGUUAGACUCAUGGAAAAACCUGAGCUGGGGCUAAAUUAGCCUAUCUUUAAUAGUGAACAUUUUUUUUAGGUAGACAAAAAAGUACUAUAAGGAGAAAUUUAGCUCUCAUGAACCUUUUUUAAAUGUUGCAUAAGUUUAGCAGCUAGAGUUUCACUUUUGGGACCAAAAGGAUGAAAAACUUAAUUUGAACAGACAAAACUGUUGAAAUUGUACUAUGUAUUUUUUUUAUAGUAUUAUAAUAACAUACAGAACAGAAAUGCUAACUAAAUUUAAAAACGGUGGCAGCUUGAUGGGACUUUUUUUGUUCAUGAAGUUUGUGUAGCCAUGGUUUUAAAAGACUUUUUAGUCGUUUUUCAGUACUUUUCUAUGGCAGCCUUUUGUUUUUCAGUAUUUUAAAAGCCGAAUCUUACUUUUGUACUUUUUUGGUGAUAUAUGGCUUUUUAAUUUUUGUAGGACUGCAAAGAGUUUGGUCCUUGCAAGUGAAAGCUAAAGCACUUCUCUUCUGGUACAAACCCUUUUUCUAGCCUGCGUAAACUCUGAAAAGAGGAAAGAAGGGGCCGGCUUUGUUUGCAGGUGUGCUGCAGCGAUUGGAAUAUGGAUCAGUUAACCAUUGUGCUGGUUUACUGCUGCCUGCGUUCGAGAUCAUGAGGUUGACUUUUUGGUUUAGGGGACACCUGGAGAUUUUCCCAUGAGCAAACAAGAACGCAGACUCUCAAGCACACGUGCAUACAGAUAUUGGAACAGACAAGUGAAUGCUUUUAAGUGUUUAGUUUGAAAGGCGGAUUUCAUUUGGAAUGUAGACACUUUCAAGCAAAACUGAUGCCUUUUAAAGACAAUUACGGUGAUGUGCACUGGGUGUUAUCUCAUUUACAGCUUGAUUAACUAUGCCAAUUUUGAAAUAAAGAUUAAGAAUUGUAUGUUGCCUAAACAUAACUACCUAGACAUGUUUUGCAGUUUUGUUCAUGCCUGACGCACAUCGUUCUGUAUUUGCAGUUUGUAGUAUGCCAACAUAUCUUUAUGUACAUGACUGAAAAAAGUUGUUCCUUCUUAUGAAUCAAAAUCUACAUCUGUGUCUUCUGUGAAAAGUUAUUGAAAUGGUAAUUGCUGGCCAAAAUAGGCAAAACGCUAAAAAUUAUUUGCAUUAGGGUUUAUAUUUUUGCUACGCUUAAUCUUUCUUCAGGUUAUGUCAAACACCACAUUUUUGAGACUGAACACAAAGGACAUUGUUUCCACUUAACAGUGUGGUUUAGUGUACUAUUUUAUGGGCCAAUGUAUCCAGGAAAGUGUUUCCAUCACCAGUAGACUUUCACUGGUGAUGGUCUACUGUGGCGUCAUUCUAGUGUGCAUACAAUGCAUAUUGUCACAAUUACAAACUUCAGUGUAUACUGUUGGAAUUUUAUUUGACAAAUCAACACAAAGUGGUAGAUAUUGUUAACCGCAAGUUUUUUUUAAAGACGAAGGCUGCAAAGUGUGGCACGCGUUUGUACUCAACCCUCCAGAUUUUCUAUGAUUUCCCAUACAUUUGUAAUUGGAUUUAGGUCUAGACUUCGGGCUUUUGCAACACCUGAAUGUGCUUUGAUCUAAACUAUUAUAAUGUAGCUCUGGUUGUUUUUUAUUUAUUUUUUUAUCGGGAUUCUCUACCUGAAGGCUGAAUCCCUCUCGUUGUCUCAACUCUAACAGGUUUUCUUCCAGGAUUGGCCUGUAUUUAACUUCGCCCAUCCUCCCAUCAACUCUGACUACUUUCCUGUCUCUGUUGAAUGAAAGCAUUCAUGCAGCUUAAUGGUACUGCCAUGUAGCACUGCAGGAUUGGUGUGUUUAUGAUGUGAAGUAUAUUAUACAUGACAUUUAGGGACGAAAAAGUUUUUAUUUUGUCUCGACUCAAGAGAUCACAAACAUGUUAGCACAUUUUCUUCCAUAACAGUCCAGAUUUCUGGAGAACAUGACUAACCUUUGUGGUUUCAGCACAUUCUCCAACCUAAGCAGUAUUUCUCCAAAGCUCCUUUGUAGUUGUGAUCAGCCUCUUAACUUCUUCUCCAGUAAACACAUACUUUGCCUUUCGGGUCAGUUUUGGUGGACGGCCAUGACUUCGUAGGUUUGAUGUUGUGCCAUACUUUUUCUUUUUCAGUUUGUGAAUCUAACGCUGUUCCAACUUUAUCCACUUUUUAACAUCUCCCUAAUUCUUUGGUUUGCUGUGAAUAUUGAAGCUAACGUCAAACUUUUCUUGCACCAAGAAAACUGUAUUUGGGUAAAGAAGAUCAGGUGUACUUUAGCGUGUGUAAAUUUUUUAUUUUUUUUCUUUGAAUGAGAAGUAAUCUGAGUGUAAUCAAACCUCAGUGUGUCAGACUAAGACUAGUGAGGCUAAGGGAAAAAAUAAACACUUUCAAGUGUAGAUGGGGGCAAAAAUGACUUGUCAAACAGGUUUAUUUUUUACACAGAACAGUGUAACCAUGGGAGUGGGGUCAAGGUUUGGAAAGAAGUCAUUUUGAUGGUAGAUGAAGUCUGUUUUGUGAGUGAUGAUGGGUCUGUUUUACCAUUUUAUCGUCGAUAAUCUAGAAAUGAGCAAGAAUCUGAUUAAUAAGUGGGUGUGUCCAGCAAGUGCUCUGUCCUUUCGUCUGAAGGCAAGUCAGUGUGUGGGUUUUAGCAGGAAGCUGCAGUCUUGGAGAAAAUGUCAGCCCAAGUGCACGUCGGCUCCUCACAGCAGCCGAUCAGCCUGCUUUAUGUGUGUGCGUGUCUUUUUUUACACCACCUACGUAGGAAAAUCUGAUCAUGUCUCUCGACUUUCACAGCUUUGACAAAGGCUAUGGCAGAUCAAAUCAUUUAGCGUCUUUACAGGCUCUGCAUUUCUGCAAGGCGUAUCUGUUGCACAAACACGGUUUGUGAAGUGGUACCAACACUGGAAAAUACCAUUUUUACUCUCAGCAAGUGGUCAAAGGAAUGCAGGUGCAUUUUUGCUUACAUGUCACCAGUGCUGCUACUUUAUUGUGGUGCAUGAUGCAAAAGAACAAAUUGACUAAGAGGGAAACAUGGGCUUUGACUUGUAUGGAAAAAGAGAUGCUUGAAUACCAAUAGUCUUCAAAAAUCUUAUUUAUUGUCAGAAAUUAAUCUAGGGUUAAUGUGUAAGGAGUAAUUUUAUGCAAUAGGAGCUUCCACAGUCAUUUUUGACAAAAUAUUAGAUGUCUUUUUCUGUUCAAUUCAUGCUGCUGGUAGUUCUAGGUUAGAGGCUUUAGCAAGACAGCUUUUAUGUUUUUGUGUGUUGCUGUUUUUAGAUUAAAAAAAAUCUCACAAGUGUGCAGUGGUAUUCAGCUUUCCAGCUCAAUUCAUAAUUUAUGCCACUGUCUAAAUCUCAAAUGAAAUGCUAGUUUAUGAGAACUGUGAAAGGAGCAGUUUAAAUCACCAUAGUGGAAAAUAAGCAUGGUGAUGCAAACUAUAUGGAAAAUAUGAGAUUGUGGUUAGAUUUGUCCAACUAUUUUAAUGCAGCUGAACCAACUCAGUUAUGCAAAAUGAAGACCUAACUACUUGUUGUUUGACAGUUUUAUUUUGUCUUUCUGUCCUUAGUUGGAAUGUUUGAAAGGACAACUAAGAAUGAAUUACAAAUGUACACAACAUUAAAGACUGCCUAAAGUGAAAUGAUGAAUACAAAGUAGCAGUAACGGUUAAUUUGGUUAAGUUCUUACAACUAUGCCAAAUUAAACUGGUAGAUAUUUAAGCAUGUUAGGAUUUUACCCAACUCUAUCAGUAAUGUCAAGCCGACCUGUUAAACAACAGAGAUUUGUUGGCACUAAAAACUUUCUGAAACUUCUCAUUGUCAUACAGAGAAUAUGUAAGAUAAAUGAAUUCAACAGUCUUAUUCUAAGUAAGUAAGUAUCUUGCCUAUUGAAGAGUUUUCUGAAAAGAAGGGUGCCAAUGCUGGGUCAGUGUUUGCCUUGGAUCUAAGCUUUGGUGCCAAAGCUUAGAUUAGUUUCGAAGACUCAUUAAAAGCGGAUUUUUUUCUUCUCAGUUAAAAUAUUUUUGGCCUGUUGUUUAAAUCUCAGCAGUCGUGUUGUGUCCUCUUUGACACAAAAGUGGGAACAGAUAUAAGAAGAGUUGAACUCAGUUGGAAACAUCUAACUUUCCAGCGUGGAAUUCCACCUUCAGCUGGUGUUAUUUCCAAGUAUAAUGUGUCACUAGUUUCUCCUAUAGGUUGCUUAAUUUACGAUGAAAACGCUGACCUUUUAUGAAUAAAAUGUUGAAUAAGCAAUGCAAUAGCAAAAGCGGUUGGACAUACUACAUUUAUAACUGUGCUGUGUUUUAACAUUGCCAUUUAGUUUUUAUAAAUCGCGCUUGGAACACAGCGGGUAACUAUUUUGUGCCGUUUAUAAACUCAGACUUGAUACCAGAAAUUCUGAUUAAAAUCGUGAAUCAUAUUUUAUGGAAGAAGGAUUAAAUGUGUUGGUCAGUGUUGGUUCUCAAAGCAGUUUGUGUUAUUUGUAAACAUAAAUAAACCUUUGCCUUGACAUUGUACAUGUUGUGGUGGGGAAAGUGGUGUUUUGGAACAGCCCUUUCAUUUAAGUUUUAUUUACACAUUUAAAAACAGUAGGUGUGAGUUUUAACGGAGUUGUUAUGACUCAAAGAUGAGUGUGUGCUGAGUAGGUGGGAGAAGGGGAUGUUAAGAUAACUCCUGACAGGUUCACAGAUGGUGAUGUGUUUUGGGUGACUCAUUUUGAAAAGGGGUCACACAGGCCCUCUCAAAGCUUUUUCCUCAGGCACCAGUCUCAUUUCCUUAGCAAUCAUUUUCAUUCAUGCCUUCAGUCUUUCAGUAUGAAUGAAAUUUAAUUCCCAGGCGAUGUCACAGAUUCUCUAAUAUCUUUGCUUCAAGAAGUAGAUCAAUGUCAACAAAGCAAGCAAGGAAUUAGAUUCAUUUCAUUAUUGUACAACUGAAACCAUAUAUAUACACAUGGCCUUUAUAAAAAGGCAGAUAACUUUUUUUGUUCCCCUCACUCUCUCAGUCGAGAUGAUCAAAAGUAUAUAAUUUUGCUAAAUGGCAAAAAUGAUUUGAGUACAUACUUUAAUACAUUUCUUAAGGUGCCUACGUUUACAUGCAUUCCUUGAGUAUUUGAUAGCAUUGCCUUAAUAUGCUCUGACUUUGGUCAAGUUUUUUUGAGUGCCCUAUCUUAAGCUUCUCACAACAACAUUUUGCCCAUUCCUCCAGAAAGAACUUGCACAACUGAGUCCGGUUUAUAGAUUGCCUUCCAUGCCUUUUCAGCUCCGCCCACAUAAGGGACUGAGAUCAGGGCUUUGUGAUUGCCACUCCCAAUCAUUGACUUUGUUGUCCUUAAUCCAUUUCGUUUACAAUGUGAUAGUGUGCUAAAUGUUCAUUUGGGAGACUAAUUUGCACCCAAGCAAACUUGCCUGGCUGGUAUGUUUAGAUGUUGCUUCAAUAUUUCAAAAUGAUGUCCUUUCCUUAUGAUGCCAUUAGGUUUUGGUGUUCUCAUGGUUGCAGGUUUUCUCUUCUUCCUCCAAAUGGAAUAAUCAUUAUUGUUGGAGCUUAGUUUCUAUCAGACAUCUUCCACAAACUAUUCUGUCAUUUCAUGUUGCUUUUUGAGUUCCAGCUUCAUCAACUCUGAGCUGCCUUUCAGCCCAUGUCUAUGAUGGUCAUUUUACUCUGGACAAUGACCUUUACCAGGUUCAGCCUGUAUCUUGACAAGGUCUUUUGUUCUGUAAUUGAUGCCCACAUUUUGCAUUGAAACACAUUCAUCUCUGGGGAAUGGAACUGAUCUGCAUACUGCCUGGACAUUCCAGUGGUGUUUAUACUUGUUUAUAAUUGUUUGUACAGAUCAAUGUGGCACCUUCAGGUAUCUGGUAAAUUGUAUCAAAUAUGAAUUGAAGUUGUUGAGGUUUACAUUUCUGACUUAUUUAUUUAUUUUUUCAUAAUGUCACACCAGGAUCUGGUAUUCUUGGGGUGUUGCCUAAAAACACAUCCAUACUUGUGCUUCUACAUCUCUUUAAUUGAUCUUAUACAACUAUGAUGUAAUCAUCUGGGGUUUUCCAAACUGGCAUAGGGAUCUUAGUGUGUUUCGGACUUUGAAAAAAGCAAAUAAAAAUGAUCAAAAGUACAGACAUUGUAGAUAGUCAUAACUGCUGCACAGUAAUAAAGUUUUAGUCUGAUUAAAAGGUUAGAAAGUAAGAAAAUAAACUUUUCUUAUGUAGUGAAUGUGAAUAUCUUGUUUCAACUAUGUUAUAACAAAUGGUUUAUUUAUGUAGUGUUGGUGCAAACAUCAAGUUUUCAGUACAAGUAUUGAUUUGGGUGUUUUCCCUUUUCCCCCCACACACAUUUUCUCUUUUUGAAAAGACUCAUAUUUUACCAGUUCCUGUCUUACAAAGUCUUUAGCGGCCUCCAGUGGUAAGCCCAGUCCAUCUUUUGAAUUCUCCUAUCUUUCUAUUAAGACAAAAAUACAGUUGAAUGUAAACUUAAGAGAUUUGAGAUGUUCAAAUAUUAAAUUUAAGAACAUCAUAGAGUUGACAUUAGUAUUGGAAUGAACUUCACAAACAACUCCAACAAUUACAUGCAGAUAAACAUACAAUGUAGGAUAUUGUUAAAUUCUUGUUUUUAUAUCUCUUACCAUAUCUAUACCUCCUUCCAUAUGUAGCAUCUAUAGCUUCAUGUCCACACAUUUUCUCACCAAUUUACCAAUGCCUCUUGUAACUUUUAUCUACACUCUAGUGUUUAUUUGAGGGGGGAAGGGAUGCUCAGUGUUUGCAUAUCCUGGGCGGACUCCUUUUAUGCUGCUCAAAGUUUGGCCCUCAGGCCAAGUGUGCAGAUGACUCACUGCAAGGGUCCCCUUUUCUAAAGAAAUCCUGGAUGGGAGCAUGCCAAAUGUCUACUUCACAGUCCAAACAGUGAAAAGAGAUCCUGCUCCAAGCGUCAAAGGUUGGAUGUGUAUACGAGCGGGUUUUUUUUAAGCUACUGAACAGUUAAUGUUGCCCUUAGGCAAGCUGCUGAAAAAAUAAACCAAAAAAAAAGAACACUUAGUGCUUCAUUGUUUGCUAAAGCAUUAUCACAUUCUCACAGAUGAAAAUGUUCGUUGGUCCUGGAGAAGGUCUCUUAUUUCUUAAGAGACUGGUGAAGAUAGCAUGGCAUCAGACGGACCAGAAAGAAUGUUAAAUUAAGGUCUGUCAAAAAGAACUUUUUAGCCGAUACUUCAUAUUACUUUGUUCCUCAGAUAGUUUCCAAUAUUUUCCAAAUCUGCUGUAAAAAAAUAGAUUUGCCCUCUAACAAAUUUGGUCCUGCAUGUAUGUUUCAGAAAAUGCAAACACAUUUUAAUGUCACUUAAAGUCUCAAAUUGAAGUCUUAAAGUCUUAAAUAAAAUCUGACUGGCAAAAAGAAGAAGAGUAGCACAUUGUGGUUUUAGCUAAAGAAAAUCAAUAAGGUAUGAGAGUGAAAGUCAUUGACAAGGGUUACAAAACAGUUUUUGAGGCCUUGGGACCCCACCAAACCACAGGGAGAAAACAUGGAAGACUGGAUAACCUUCACAGGAGUAGCCAGUCUACCAAAUUUACUCAAGAGCGAAUCAAUGACACAUGCAGGAGGCCCCAGAUUAACUCAGAACAAACUCUACAUAUAUGGCUACAGUAUUUACUAACCUUUGUGUUCUCUCAGUUUUUCUUAAAAUUUUUCUUGAUUAGUUUGAUCUAAAAUUAGACAAGAACCUUAGUUCUUGUCUAAUGUGGACUGUACAUGUGGACUCGCUACUGUUCUUUUUAUUGGAGGUUAUGGAAACAUCUGAAGUUUUGGAUGGACAAGAAAGAAAAAAAAAAACCCAGCUGCAGGAAGUAGUGAAAUUCCCCAGUGAACUCUUUUCUGUGUCAUGUUACUCAUUUGAGGGGAGAUGAAACAUGAGAUGAAGUGACAGACAUCUUCCUAAAGUGUUAUUUAAAAUAAUAAAAAAAACAAAAUAAUUUCUUAAUCCUUUUGUGGUCAGAAUAAUGACUUUUUAAACAUACUGAUAAAGUUCAGUUUGUCACCAUAGAUGUGCUCCUUCUUUAUGAAGGGAAAAAAGUCCUCAUCAGAGUGCAGUGAGUUACAUAUCUAUCUUUCAGACAGAAAGGGACUUUUUCUUGAAUUCAGGACAAGUCAUUCAGAGACUACUUGGUUAGAGAAAGUCAAUUAAUAUUCUGUUGAAUCACUCCUCUUAUUUUCCCUAGGGGUAUUUUUUUAAGAACUGAUGUUUGUGUUUAAUUAAAUCUACAGUAUGAAUAAAAUAAGAAGUCGUAGCUAAAGGCUGCUUCUUUACCGUUGACGGCUUUACUGAAAAAAUAUAAAAGAAAAUAUAUAUUUUCUGGCUGCUUUUUAAAAUGGAAACUGACUAGAGUUGUCUUUUAAUCAGUAGUGAGUAAAAAAAAAAUGUGGUCACCUCCGUUUCUGCACUUGCUGAGGUGACACCUUUUCAAAAGGAUUCAUUCUGUGAAAUGCUGCGUCACGCUGAUCUAUUUACGUAGAGACGGGAGGCAACGGCCACUUCUGAAAUUAACCCUUUCUGAGCCAGGAUGUCACACACAUGAACACAGUGUGCAGUAGGCUUGGCUGUGCAACCCAGUCUGAAUGAAUCAGAAACCUGUUGAUAUGAGUGGGACCGGUGGCCAUUCGGGACUGGGAUGACAAAGCAAUGACCUCAACGAGUCUCUUUGCUGCACAAUAUGAGCUUCCGAUCUGAUAGAUGGGAGAUUCAGAGCACAGCAGGUUCCACCGUGCACUCUCACUUCUCUCAAAUAUCUACCAUACACGCCUAUGUGCAACUGUGACCGGUACAGUUAUCGGCUUUAUCACGUCUCAGCCCCAGGGCUUUACAUCUGACUUAAAUUAUCUAGGUUAUGAAUGACAUGUAGUGUGGAGUUUUCUGAAUCCAUACAAAUGGUUUCCUCACUGACUUCAACUGACAAAGAGAAUGACAUGCACUGAAGCCCAUUCUCAGUUGCAGUCUUCUCCCAGUUUUCUGAUUUGUUGCAGGUAAAUCAUGGUUGCUUUUGUUUGCUCAUUACU